AAUCAUCAGGCAGCCAUGGCAGCAACCACAUCUUCAAACCUCCUUCACUUCUCCAGUUCUCACUCCGUCUCCCGCCUUACCCCUCUCAAAACCACCACCACCCUCUUUUCAUGCUCCAAGAAACGCCCAUUCACGUCGGCGCCCGCUGGUGGUGCCGCCACCGCAGGAGUACGAUGCAUGGCGGUGGUAUCCGAGGCCGGAUCCGUGAAGAAAACGAGUUCUUACCAGAUCAUGACAUUGACAAACUGGUUGUUGCAGCAAGAGCAAUCGGGAGCAAUAGAUGCCGAGCUUACAAUUGUGUUGUCCAGCAUUUCAAUGGCGUGUAAGCAGAUUGCGUCGUUGGUGCAACGAGCCAGCAUCUCCAACCUCACCGGAGUCCAGGGAGCCGUAAACAUUCAGGGAGAGGAUCAGAAGAAGCUCGAUGUCGUCUCUAAUGAGGUGUUUUCGAAUUGCUUGAGGUCGAGUGGAAGAACCGGUAUCAUCGCAUCGGAGGAGGAGGAUGUGCCGGUGGCGGUGGAAGAGAGUUACUCCGGCAACUACAUUGUCGUGUUUGAUCCUCUUGAUGGAUCAUCCAACAUCGAUGCUGCUGUUUCAACCGGUUCUAUUUUCGGAAUCUACAGCCCGAACGACGAGUGUCUCGCUCCCGAGAUCGGCGACGACUCCACGCUUGGCACCGAGGAACAGAGGUGCGUGGUUAGCGUAUGCCAGCCCGGAAACAACCUCCUAGCGGCCGGUUACUGCAUGUACUCGAGUUCCGUCAUCUUCGUGCUUUCCAUCGGUAAAGGCGUUUACGCGUUCACGUUAGACCCGAUGUACGGCGAAUUCGUACUCACUCAAGAAAAGAUCCAAAUUCCCAGAUCAGGGAAGAUUUACUCUUUCAAUGAAGGAAACUACCAACUAUGGGAUGAUAAGCUCAAGAAAUACAUGGAUGACCUCAAGGACCCUGGUCCAACCGGAAAGCCGUAUUCGGCUCGGUAUAUCGGUAGUUUGGUCGGUGACUUCCAUCGGACGCUUUUGUACGGAGGGAUUUACGGGUACCCUCGAGAUAAAAAGAGCAAGAACGGGAAGCUUAGGCUCUUGUACGAAUGUGCACCGAUGAGUUACUUGGUCGAACAAGCAGGAGGAAAAGGAUCCGAUGGGCAUCAUCGAGUACUUGAUAUCCAGCCAACCGAGAUUCAUCAACGAGUUCCUCUGUUCAUCGGAAGCGUAGAGGAAGUCGAAAAACUAGAGAAGUAUUUGGCUUGAACGUAAACGAAAUAUGUGUUUUUCUUUUUGAAUUUUGCGUAAAAGAAAAGAGAAAACGAACCAAAAGAUUGCUUAAAAGGUGCUUUUAUGGCCAUGGGGAACCUUUUUUUUUUAUUUCUCACUUAAAAUUUAAUCUUUAAACGUUUUAUGAUGCUACUUAGGACGACUAAAUAUAAAUAAAUGAACGUAGCAAAAUGUAUUUACGUUAAUUAUCGACGCUUUAUGACAAGCAUCAUUCGGUUCUCAUGAUCACC